AUGUGGGAUGUCCUUGGUCCCGCUGUGUUCUGGCAGUUGUCUUCUGUCGCUCGUGUUACCUACACGUGUGCAAGGACACAACGUCUUGUUUCUCCGGCAGGUGGCGGCGGCAACGUGAGCGUGUCCGCCUGUGAGCACCGCUACACCAGCACCUCGGGAGGGGCGCCGCCCCCCUACUCGCGGCUGCCUCCUGACGGCCAUGAGUUCCCCAGCAGCUACGCCGAAGGCCUACCCGACAAGCUGUCUCGCUUCGCCCGUUACUCGCGCCUGGCCAUGGAGCUGGACAGCCCCACCAGCCCCGGCAGUCCCCCCCCUUCCUCCACCUCCACGCCCCGCCCGCGCUCGGCCCCGGGGACGCCCCUAGGCCCUCCCCCGCCCAUCCCCCGCAUCUCCUCGAGCUCCAAGGCGUACGCGGCGGAGCGCGGCUCGGACGGCGGCAGCAAGUGGUACUCGGGCGGCGGCGAGGAGCGGCGGCCGCGCGAGGCCACGCCCACGCGCGGCCGCUGGCGCCGCCAGGACGAGCGCAGCGAGCGCAGCGUCCGCGACAAGAUCGCCAUGUUCUCGACGGACGGGCCCGACCAGCCGCACCCGAAGACGCGCAAGCUGGACAAGGUGGAGGGCGACGAGGCCACCAUGAAGCGCGCCUUCACGGAGGACGACGUGCGCCUCGAGUCGUCGGGGUCGUCCUCGGGCGGCAAGGCGGGGCUGCGCGACGGCUCCCGCUCGCUCAGCAAGACCUCGGCCUUCAGCUCCAUGAUCAACGUGAGCAGCGCCGAGCCCAAGGACGGCGCCAAGAUGGCGACGGCCUCCAGUGAGGUGGACAUCCGCCAGGAGCUCCCCCCCGCCCCCCGCCGCGCCGACCUGCGGGACAGCAAGCGGGCCGAGGGCGACGCCUCGACCUCCGGCGGCCUCCACGCCCGGUCGCAGAGCCUCAUCGACAUCGGGCGGACGACGCUGACCAAGCGGCACAGCGUGGGCGCCUACGACCGCCCCUCCGUCUACCAGUACGGCGUGGAGAAGCCCGAGGACCGCGAGCGGCGCACGUCGCUCUCCAACCUGAUCGAGCAGCGGCGGAAGAGCCUGAGCAAGCUGCGCGGCCUCGUCAUCCCCGAGAGCCGCGCCAACGACGGCCUCGAGAAGACUCCCAUCGACCUCCCGAAGAUCGCCAGCAUUCCGCCCGCGUCCGCCCUCAAGACCAUGUCGCUGCCGCGCGAGGGCCAGCGCUCGCCGCGGCUCUACAAGGCCGACUCCAUCUCGAGCAUCGACUCGUGCGAGUCCAACACCAGCCGACAGAGCUCGCUCAACGCCCCGCCGUGGAAGGGCGCCGCCGCCGCCGCCCCCAGCGCCCUCCCCAAGUACUCGCCGGCCUUCAAGAGGAAGAGCAUCGCCGUCUUCAACAAAUGCGAUAACUUACCUCCCCCGAGCGGGCGCGCGCACAGCACCCGCAGCGCCUCGCCCACCAGCGACUUCUCGCAGGCGUCGCCCGUGCCGCCCGCCACCACGCCGCCCAAGAGCCUGGAGAGCAUCACCACGCCCGGCUCGGAGCACGCCUUCGAGUUCUGCGAGACCAAGUACUCCAGCGACAGACACAGCUACGGCAAGCUCUCGCUCUCGCAGAAGAGCUCGCUCGACUCCAGACUCAGCCGCGCCGAGGACAGCGACAACGACUCGGCGGUGAGCUCGACGCAGUCCAGCUUCUCGCAGGGCAUCUCGCCGCCGUCGUCGCCCAUGCCCGAGCACGAGGACCACGACGACCGGAGCUGCAGGGCGUACCGGUCGCGCCUCUCCCCGCAGAGCUCCUUCGACGAGCAGGACUCGGCCAGAAGAGUCCUGAAGCGCGGCAGCAUCGAGGCCGAGAACAGGCGGAACGUGCUCAACUCGGCGCGCUGCAGCUCCGGCCGCAGCAGCGACGAGCAGCUCACGCCCGAGAUCAUCCGCAAGUUCUCCUCGGAGCGGACGGAGGAGACGGACAGAUUCCCCAAGCGGCUCGACACUGAGCUCCGCGAGGGACCCAAGACGAGCGGCCUGCGUCGCCAGCCAUCGUCGUCGUCCACGUCGUCGGCCGCCUCGUCGCGGCGGUCGUCGCACGACUCCUCCCGACGCAACUCGCGCGACUCGGUGAUCCACGUGGCCAAGCACGACGAGGUCAAGGUGUCGGCCGAGCCCGUGUACUUCGACCAGGAGGGCGAGAUGUACAAGGAGUCGCAGCUGAAGGUGGCGUACCUCAACGAGAUCAUGGACGACUUCGAGCAGCUGAGCGAGGCCGCCAACGAGGAGGUGAUUGCCGAAAUCCCGAUGUCAGCCUCGCGGCGCGUCGUGGAGCAGCCCGAGGCGAGCGACAGCCCGCGCUCGUCGCCCACGCGGCGCUCGGAGCGGUGGGCGGCCCUCGAGAUGAAGUACGGGUCGUCGUCGUCGGCCGGCGGCGACAUCGAGACCAAAAUCCAGAGACUGAGAAGGACGUCGGACGCCGCCUCGCCCGAGAGGAGCAAGAAGUCGCAAGGCUUCCGCGCCCUCGCCGACAAGUGGCAGCAGCGGGCGGAGGAGGACACCGCGGCGCCGCAGCCUCAGUUGACGCGCAGAGAGAGCGGCAGCCGGAUGGACCUGCCGUCGCGCCCCAGCCGCCUCUACGACGAGCGCGCCGCCAGCCAGGAGCACCCGACGCGGCCCGCGCGCCUCUGCGACGAGCCGUCCGAGGGCACCGGCAGCCGGCCGGCGCGGCCCACGUCCCUCUACGCCGAGUCCAGCCUUUCCUCCUCGAACAGCAGCAGCGCCAGCGAGGUGCGCAGAGUGGACCUGCCUGACCGAAAGCUGUCCAUGCCCGAGUACGGCAGCGGCGGCAUCAAAAUGCGCGAGCGCCGAGAGGGCGGCAACGGCGGCGCCCCUUCGCGCCCCACCAGCCUCAUCGAGGGAGGCGACGCCGCCAUGAUGGACUCGCACUACCUGAGCGCCGCCCCGCUCAGCCCCGCCGCGUCCACCGACUCCCGCGAGGACCUCCUCGACACGCCGGAGGCCCUGUCGCGCACGGCCAGCAAGGAGGUGCUCGACGCCUUCUCGCGCCCGAAGACGUCGGUCUCGGGCGUGUCCCUCCAGCGCUCGGGCGCCUCCAACACCCCGAAGAUGGCCGACAUCAUGCGCGCCUUCGAAAGGCACGACCUGGGCAAGCGCGGCGCGCCCUCCAGCGGCGCCUCCCACCCGCGCAUGUCCUCCCUCGACUCCACCAACAGCGACGACGGCUCGAUGGGCGCGCACUACGGCUCCGUCACGUCCCUCGCGUCCGGCCAGAGGGACCAGUACGGCUCCAUCACGUCCCUCGCGUCGUCCACGUCCCUCAUCUCGCCUCAGGUAAGCCGCCUUGUCGUACUUCCCUUGGCUCUGGUGGUCGUCCGGGUCGUUUGGUUUGGGAGCUCGUCUCAGCUGCAGGAAACGAGCUGGCUUCCCUCGAGUAGCUUUGGCCUUGGACGCCCCGAGUGCCGCCGCCAAUGCGUUCGUUCCAGGGAGGAUUUUUGCUGUGUGUGUGUGUGCGUGUGUGUGUGUGGAAUAGGAGGCCAUUGUGCUACUACUUCUUCUCAACCAACUUCUCACGACACACCCCCGACGGCCGUGUCUUUCUUUCUCACUUCUCCACGGAACCCGCGUUUGGAAAUAUCGCCCCAUAUCCGCCCACCGAAACCCGCCCGACAGAGACGUUCCGAUAACCCGCCCCCGGACCAAAAGCCCGGUAGCCCGCUCCACCCGACAUCCACGACAAAAAGCCCCGACAAAGACCCCGACUUUUUGUUGCCUGACAGGUCCGAUAAAACAACCCGGCAGCCCGAUAGCCCGACCGCCCGACCGUCCCGACAGCCCGACAGCCCGACGGACGGCAUCGGCGGGUUCUCUCGAGCGGAAAAACUGUAG